CACUCAGGUCGCCUUCUUAAAUGACUUAUAUUUCACAUGAUUCGGCCUGGAGGACAUACGUGAUCGGACAUGUUUUAAGCGCGAAUCACCAGGCUGUUUAGGACGGUGUGGUCUAAACAUUACAGCUAUCUUUUCUUGGUCACUGUACUGGCUAUCGGAAGAUUGGACACCUUCGUGAUCGUAAAAGUUCGAGGAUAAUCUCUCUCCAAAAGAUUCAUACACAAUGAGCGAGCUUACGAAUAACAAAACCGAAAUUGGACAGGAAAAUGUUUAUUACGAGAUGGAAUACAAAGGAGAAAACGAAGAUGGAACCUAUGAAAAAGUAAUUGUUAAAAAUGAAAGUCCCCAGGAACGACUAAGAGAGAGAGCACAACCGUAUAAAGAUUCAGGAGAAGUAAAAUCUCGCUACUUCCUUUUUGUUGGGACUGCCAUUGCUAUUGCUUCCCUCUUGACAGCCGCUGCCACCAUGGUUUUAGCCUUUGCAAUGACCAAUUCACGAAGCGAUGUUUCGACAACUAGAGAGUCUUGUUGCGGUAAGCAAAAAAUCAUACUAAUCAUUUCGAAGUGGAUGGAGUCCAUGUACCAUGAUAAUGCGAUGUCACUCAAGAAAAAAAUUAAUUUCCCGAAACACUCUUUAGUUCAUAGGGUAUUUAAAUAUAAAAGCUUCCGGUUGCCAAGGCGACUUUAGAGUCAACAAAGUGAUCAAACUCAAACGAUUCUUUUGUAUGCCAAGUCUCCUUGAGUUGAAAUGUGGUUAUUUUUAUAAAAUGUUGUCUGUCAGGGCCUCCAUAUAUUUUGUGUAAUUCAGAAAACAGAGCAUAUAAGGCAUAUUUCCCUAGAACUGAAGUGCGCUGACAAUUUUAAUUGACGUCGAAUCAAGCCACAUGAGGGAAGGGCAUAGGUUAAAAUAUGGACUGGACUAUUUUUUUUGGACCAUUUUAUAGGGGCGGGGGAAGCACACCACUAGUUCUCAGGGAGGUGUGGGAUGCAGUCUAUAUCAGCACUAAGGGAGGGGUGGGAGGCAGAGUGUUAUUACGCAGGGAGGGGUGAGAGACGAACUUUACUACGCAGGGAGGGGUGAGAGAUGGUUGUAAUAGUGAACACUACUGGUUAAUGGAGCUUUUACUCGAUCGUACAAAUUAUUUUAAUCGGUUUUUUGAAUGACUUUUUGUAUGACAAAAUUUUAGCACUGGGCCGCGGCGUCUCUUUAUUUUUUUGUCAUGCGAAAGCGAAACUGCCAUGUAAACACUGGACUUUAAUUUUUAUUGAAAAUAUCGUGUUUACGAUCCUCAGUCCAACUUUUGCACCAUCAGUUGCUUCACGUUUCCCUUUGUGUAUACAAUAUGUUAUUACUUAAUUUAUCUAUCUUCCCUUUGUCAUUGAUCUUAUCAAACGAGAUCACGGAAUUUCCGGUUCUUAGCCCUUAACUUAGUUGCAUAUAGAAUUCACAAGCGUUAUCGCAAUUUUAAGGCUGAUACCUUUACUGUAUAAGAUCUUCAGUGAACGAUCCAUGUUCUUGAAUCGACCAAAAACACUGCUGUACUUGCAAAAUGGGAAAGCGCAAAUAUCGAUUUCAUCCGUUUCAAAAACAAAGGAGUAAAUCACCGACACCGGAAAUUGCGACCAGGUAUUCCUCGCGACUCCCUAGGUUUGUUUUCCACUUUGCCCGGGCUGCUGCCGAUCACUUCUUGCGUAAAGCAGGUGUGGCUACUGUUGCUCGCCGAUAUUUUCCGUCGGCAAGACGUAGAAGUCCAGUGUUCACGUGGCAGUUUCGCUUUCGCAUGACAAAAAAUUGAAGAAACGCCGCGGCCCAGCGCUUACAAUUUUGACAUACAAAAAGUCAGUUGAAAAAACAAUUCAAAUAGUUUGUACGAUCGAGUAAAAGUUCCAUUACGCAGCAGUGAUUACUAUCACAACCACCCCCUAAAUAGUGUUGGAGGCACAAUUGUACUAUUCACACAAUACCAAUUGAUUGCCAAAAUUUUCGAGCUUAUGAUAUCAAUUUAAAAUUAUGGUAUUAAUUGAAAAAACACUCCUCCCAAGUAACUUCAAAGUAACCAAUCUUAUUGACUCUGACUACUUUAGGAAUUUUGGGCAGAUCUAGGAGCCAAUGUCAUUGCUGCAAGACCUAUGUGCUGUUGUAAGACUCGUUAGUCCUUUGUGGCCAUGUAGCCAGCAGAUAAUAAUUUGCUCAUCAAUGAACCCUUUGCAACGUUUAAGUGUAUAAGUAAACUCAACUAUUGUAAGAGCUACGUGCUUGCAAAAUUUCACUUGAGGCCAAUAAACCAGGAUGAAAACAUCAUCAGCUUUAACGUUGAUUAAUUAAUUAAUUUAUUUAUUUACUUAUCCAUUUUUCACUUCAGAAAUGUCAGAAAUUAACAAAAAUCUACAAGAGUUGAAAAAUAACUUCUCGGCUCCUAGAGAAUCCUCGGUAGGAAAAAAAGUUUUUUUUAUCUUUAUUAACCUUGAAAAUAUAUUUAUGGCGUUUUCAAAUCUAUCGGGACAACCACUUCUUUCACAAACUGUCAUGUCACCAUGCGUUUUUCCUUUUAAGUUUAUUUCGUCUUACUCUUACUUUAUUUCAUUUCUAUUCCUUCCUUUUCCUUCCCUCAUAAUUUCAUUUCUGUCAAGAAACUUUGACUCAAAAUUAUGGAGAAAAUUCGUACAUUUGGGAAUAAACUACGUGAGAAAUUAUAAUGUGGAUGUCUUAAGAUGUAAAAGUUUCAGUUUUUAUCGCUAUCGUAAAUUGUCAUCAUCAGCCUCAACGUUAUUGCCAUUUCCUACUAUCAUUAUUGUUAUAUUAUCUCUUAUUUGCAUCAAGCAUGCCAAGAAGUGUACAUGUGGCCUUGUAACAUAAGAGAAACAACUAAAGAACUAAACACCGAAGAGAUAACUUAAUCGUGAACACUGUUCAAUUUUUUUGGUGCAAUAGGUCUCAAAGAAGUUAAGGGAAUUGGACGUUGCAUUAGCUAACGUAAGUUUUCCACUGAGUGCUUGGCAACUGCUUAAAUAUCUUAAGACCUCUUUAAAUUAAAAAAGGAACACUCUUUCUGCGUGGCUUUGAAAUUGUGGGAUGAUUUAAAAGUUUUCAUUGGUUAAUCUCAGUUCUUAUUUCUUUUGUAGAUGAAAAAGGAGUUGGAAAUUAUGAAAAAAAAAGUAAGUCUCAGUCACUCUGAAUUAACAGCAAAUUUCAUUUGCAAAUAGUUCAUAAUGAUAUUCAUUGACUGAUUUAUUUAUUGACUAAGGAUUAUUGUUUCUGUUGGCCUUUUUUUAUCAUUAUUUUUUUAUCAUUUUUGAGUAAGGAGGGGGUUCGUCUAAAGGUGCAUGAGAAGAAAUUUUUGAAUUUUCAAAAACAAAUUGUUGAACUGGAAAAACAAUUAUUAAUCGUUAAAAUGACUGCCUAAAUGGAUCACCUGUUCUACUCAUGGACACUGUAAUUUUGUUGUUGUUGUUGUUGUUGUUUUGUCGCUGUUGCAGCUGCUUGUUUUGUUUGUUACAUUCAGGUAUAGAAAAUCAUUGUCUUGAAAAGUUGAUGUGUUACUCGAUAUCUGUUGUUAGGGGGAAAAUACAUUAGAGUUGUGGUUCACCCUGGAUGGAACUGUGCUUGAGAAGGUUUUCGAUAUUCAAAAACAAAUCGUUAAGCUGGAUCAGAAGUUAACAAAAUGGAAUCUAAUAAGCCUGAAAUACAGGCAAUUAGAAUCAAAACUUUAGUACAAAAGUAAGCACGCUAUAUUGGGUAAUCUCAGGCAGCUGCUGUUUAAGCUAGAAGAAAAAUAGCUAAAACUUUGAAAAAAAAAGUAGAUGCUAUAUAAGAAUGUUUGCGAGUAUAUAUGACUCACGUGUUCAAUACGUAGUUUAAGAUUUUAAAAAUGUUAUUCUUCGUCAGAUUAAGCAAUGAUACCUGCAAGUGAGCUAUAGUUUCAGCAAUUUCAGAAAAAAUACCUGAAUUUUUGCUUAUAAAGUUCUAUAAUGCAACUGUUGCUUAAAUAUAUUUUAUGGUGCAAUUAUAUGUAUAACAUUGUUGAUAAACCUUUAUACAUCAACCGUACAUUUGCUAUUUAAUAACAAGACUCUGACGAAGUAAAGUAGUUGCAACGUGUUAUUUUUAUUUUUUAGGUAAACAACGUUAGUAAGGUGCCUGGUCCUAUCGGACCUCCGGGCUACAACGGAAGUGAAGGACCUGCGAGUCGUAGUGGAUCAUCAGACUUCAGUCAAUGUCAGUUUGAAAUAAAAAGUGCAUCUAUGAUCCCUGGUAGCAAUAGAAUACUUGUACAUAUUGAUGAACCAUCAGUAAGUACAUCUAUACUUUACAUUUUAAAAAUACGAAUAGAUAAAUGAACAGAUAAAAAGGGAUUUCUAAAUGUAACAUGUCUUUACCCCUUUGACAUUUCCCUACAAUCUAAGACUACGACCUCAAUCACUAGGGGACAUAAACCUAACAUUUCUGAAUCAAGCCCAAUCAGGAGGAUGUUAAAUGAUCUUGCACAAUUGCUAUUGUGAGGUGAAGAAAUACAAAAAAAUGAGGUAGAGCCUAGCCUUUCUUAAGGCCAGACGUUAUAGUUAUAAUGCACACCCACCUUCGCAUCCUGUCACUUUGGUGUACUUAGAAGAAUUUCUUUAAUUUAACUGGCUGAGAUAAAUGCAAUUUUCCAAUAAUAUAGACAUCAUUUCGAAAGUGUUUGUUUUGAUUGUGCAUUUGCAUGACCAAAUACACAAUCGUAUUUGCAGGGUUUGAAUGGAUUUUCCUUGAUUCACGAGCUCUGCCUCUGUAAAAUUAAAAAGCUGACUCAUCUUUUCUUUAUGUAUAUUAUCAAUUGUAAUCUCAAUAUUUUUCUCCUGCAAAUUUGGAAUGAACAAGCAAUGGUUCGUGGAAAAAAUUAUUCGAGCUUAUCCAAACUAAAAGACCUUUGUAAUGAUGUGAUUGUCAGUAUAGAUAACAUAACAAACGUGUAUUUCUUUAUUUGUUGCCAGAAUAAAAGAAUAAUGGCAGUAACAUGCUCAACGGAUUACGGCACUGAGUAUAACCUUAUGUCGAGGACACAAGGUGGCGUCCGGAGAUACGUUUGCACCUGUAAUGGAAAAUCCACACUUUUCAGUGGAGGAACUAGCUGCUACCUAAACUAUUGGAUUUGCCCCUUAACAACGUAAUUAAUGUACUAUAAAGAUAUCGUCAAUUUCAAUACAAAUAAUGUUUUUUAGUUUUUCAGAGAGGCUGCAUAACGCUGAGAGAAGAAUCAUUUAAUUAGACUGAAUAUGUAGCAAAUUGGGCAAAUCAUCGUGAUAAAGUAAAAAGGACAAAAUAUUGAAAUUCUUCCCACAUUGGUUCAACUGUCUGAGGUGUGCUAAGGUGCAUCAUCGUUGGAUAAAAAAAAAUAUCGGCUAGUGUUAUGGUGAAAUAAGAAUUAGAAGUGAACAAAAGUGAAGUGAACCCAAUAAUUGAAAUAAUUGCAUGCUAAUAAAAACGAUUGUCUGUAGGUAUUAAACUACUAUUACAUGUCUGUAAGCAUGACGUCAUGAUUACGCAACUGAAGACUAAUGUCUGUAGGCAUGACAUAACGAUUAAUGCCGUUAAUGCGGUGAAUCAGAGAGCGGACGUGGUAACGUUUAGCUGUCUUUUCUUUGCCACCUCAAAACUUUUAUUGUAAAUGCCAAAUCGAAAUUCUACCCUGAGAAAGAUGUGGCUUGAGUAAGUGCCGUCUGUUGGACCCUCUGCAUAUUUCAAUUUCACAUAAAAUGUGAAUAAGACACAUUUUACCAUAAAUGUAAGAAUUCUCGUACGCCUUUGCUUGAAGAACUAAAAUUAAAGUUUCUCUUGUUUUGUUUGAAAGAGGUACGCGAUCGAUCUCGUGUUCAGUACUUAAAAGGACUUGAAAUUUGCCGGGUGACGUAUCAAGUGGAAUUUUUCCCUUUAAAAUGUCAAUCGGUUGUGCCUCGUAGUUUUGUUUUAACCUAAAACCUUUUGGCGCCAUUUGGUUGAGCAGAAAUUUUUGUCGAGCGGUCUAAUUUUACUCUAAUAGCCUUUUAAUUACGCACACAAAGAAAAUUAUGCUGAUUUACCCGGUUCAGGAAGCAGAUCAUAGCAACGGAUCGGCGAAUGUCACUUUUUAUCAAGGCAUCCCCCAAAUAAAAGUCAUUUCCUGCAUGAUAUGUUGUGAAGACUCGCGGCUAAGUGUUGAGCGCAGCGGAAGAGUAAGUUUGUAAUUUUUUACAAGAUUUAAAUAGAAAUCGGACAAAUGAACCAGCCAUGAAGCGGCUUAUUAUCAUUAUUUUAAUAAAAAUCGUUAUUAUUUUUAUUAUCUCCUCUAUUAUUGAGGUCAUGUUACCAAUUUAUAAAACUAUGAUGAACUUUGAGAAACAAACUAGCCAUCGGUUUUACAUUUUUAUA